AUGUCUCUACAUGAUCUAGGCAUAUUUCCAUGCUUGAGAUUUUAUAUAUUCUCCUCGCAGAAGGACAUCGACCCCACCUCCUUUCCAGAAUAUUCAAAUUUAAAAGUUGGCCUUGUGCCUUCCGUCGACUCUCUAUGUCCAUACAGAGGACCGGCGGAAGGACAGCAGCUGGCGUUGGCGUUGGCGCUAAUUGAGGUAUUCUGCACCCUCCUAUCCGAUCUUGAUCACAUCAGCUCCGGCCGCAGAAGUGAAGGACUAGUCCGCUGUCGUCUGAACCUCAUUCUCUUUCAUUGUCUCGCAGCAGAGGAACGAUAUCGUAAUGCCGUCGCGGCACAUGCGUCUAUCGUCGCUCCUGACUUUGAAAUACUUCCUGGACAAACAUCGCCAACACUGCCUUCUUCCUGUUACUCCAUAGGACGGGAGAUUCUGCGCUUGGGUGUGGAGACGGCAUUUUCCAAUGAGGUGGAGUAUAAUAGGCGCGCACGCUUACUCUAUGGUACAGCAGAUUUCGCACUCCGGUAUGGGUCCGUAGAGGAGAUGUCAACAAAUAUGGUAGUGGUGGCUGUGAGCGGGGAGACCACGGCCCGCCAGGGGGAAGGGAGAUGUUUGGCACUUAUGAGUAUCGUACAUUCGAGACGGAAAGAGGACGGAAGGAAGAAUGCCACCGUUUAUGGAGUAUGCAGUGAUGGCGUCGAGUUCUACUUCCUCCGAAUUGAUAACGAUUCCAAGGUGACUGUUACUUGUGUUCGCACAUUUCUUCGCUUCCAGGACACAGACUUUGUGGCUGGGCAAUUGGCUGCAACGACUGGCAAGGAACUCAACGGUAGCCCAAAUAAUGAAAGCGCCGCAAUCAUUCAAAAACCCUGCGAUUUCAGCAACGCCCAGACCUUAUUAACUCAAAACUGGAGCGCCACGCUUGGCUUUGGCGGGGCACUUGAGUUCAUACCAGUGACUCAUGAAAAGCCAAUGGGACAUUGGGUAGAAAUGGAGGGUCCAUUGUCGACCUUUAAAAGGGACGUGGUGAAGCAGCCAGGAGCUGAAAUUGCUCCACAUCAAGUACCACCGCCGGCAAAGAAAGUGAAAACCAGUUCAAUGGACUCCAGUUUUCCAGUCCUUCUUCCAGAAGACCCAUGCCUGCGCAUGUCCGACACUGAGUUUGAGAUACAUGUCUUGAAGGCUCUUCCCGCUCUCGUAGGUGUGGAGAAUGCCGUGGGCGCCAUGCAUAUCAAUGCAGGCGGCGACUCCGACAGGGCGAGUGCGGGAAUCACAGAGCAAAAGACGACUGGCAACGCCUUCGUCGAUGCCCUUGACCGCGCAGCAACAGACCCCGAUAGCGAAAAGGCCCACAAGAACGAAAUGGCGCGGCAAAACCGCGUGGCAGAUCGAUGCGUUGAUGACACUCAAGGUUAUUUGGGCGGUCCGCAGUAUCCAUUUAGGGAAGGGGGAGAGAAAUAUGUUUUAUACGCAUCUAGGCCUGUUGUUAAAAAGGACGCGAAGGAAAGGGAAGGGGAUAAGCAAGUUAUCGUUGGGAAAGUUGAGAAGGCGGAGGGUGGGGAUGGGAUGGAGGUUGAUGACUAUGAUGUUACACAUGGUAGCUCUCAUGGAUAUUGGAAGGAUUUGCUGAAUGUCUUGGUCCUAUCGGCGAUGGAUAAGCUGGAUAUGAGCGAUCCUGAUCAAGUGCUUUUGAGGGAUCAUCGAAUCCCAAAAAAUUCAGACGGCAGUCAGCCACAGAAGGCCAAAAGGGGUGGCCAGGCUAGAAGACAUGACGGAAGGGGAAGAACAAAAGUUUCCCAAGAGGGGGGAAAAAAAUCCCCCUUUGAUAUCGAAUUUGAACAGAAAGCGGCAUCCAAGGCAGCAAAAGCGCAGCGCCAUGAACACGUCCUCAACCGUCUUGUCACGGACCCCUUUCACCGUGCCCUCCACUUAACUGUUGCCCGCCUCUUCGCCGAGCAACUACGGAAGGAUAUGAUCCUCCUUGAAUCCGGCAAAACGAACAAAGAAGCACUCCGCGAAAUCUCCCUCUGUGCAAAAUGGGCCCCCUCUCUAGAACGCUUUCACGACAAAUAUACCCUCAUCGCCUCCACAAUAGCUGAGCUCCUGUUUUCCGAUUCCGCUCUCGACCCUCAUUCCCAUUCCGAAACCACAGGCGACGAGUUAUCUCGAGAGACUUACCUCAAGCGUGCUCGUGAACAAUACCGCGCAAAUACCCUUUCCCCGCUCCGCAAAGCUCUCGCCAUAGUCGAGCGCGAUAUAUCCGCCAAAACUUUCUCAAACAUCGAGUAUUCCCACGUUCCCUCCCUAGCUAUGAAUCGAUACAAACACCUUUUCAACGAAAACGACGGUCCGCGUUUUAUGGAGUACCUAGGAAAGGUUGGAAUGGGUGAAGCUAAAAUCUCGGGCGCCGUUUUGACCCCUGGUCUACUCGUUAAAACGGUCAUGUCCGCUGAUGGCCGACAGGAGAAUACAUCACUUGAUCGCACCGUCGCGGAUAUGCAAUGGAAGACGCUGGUGCAGCGCAUCAGGGACUGUGGGAAAGUUAAUAGUGCUAUGGCCGUCUGCGAUGGCUGGGGGUACAAUACGGACUUUAUCAAGGUGUUUUGGCAGUUAAUCUUGCCUUUGGCAGUGGAGAAUAAGGUUCCGCCAGAAGACAUGAUCAAGAGGGUGUUUGUGUUUAGCGAUAUGCAAUUUGAUGAGGCAGAGACAAAUACGAGUGGUUGGUGUGAUGAGGUGGAAGGGGAGCUGGGCCUAACUCAUCAGCAGAUUGUGCAGCAGGAGUUUAGGAAACAUGGGUAUGAGGUGCCUGAGUUAAUCUAUUGGAACCUUGCGGGGAAUCCAGGGGCGGUGCCUGUCACGUCCCAAAUGGAGGGUACAGCGCUGGUGAGCGGGCAGAGCCAGGCGUUGAUGAAGUUGUUUUUAGAGGAUGGAGUAUUUGGAGAGGAAGAGGAUGAUGACCAAGAAGAAAGGGGAGAAGAGCAGGGGCCGGACGUGGUGGAGGGCGAUGGCGAUGGGGAGUGGGGAAUGAUUCACAAAGAAAAAAAGAGAAAAAGGAAAGGAGUCGAUCCUAUGAGCAUUCUUCGAAAGCUUGUUGGAAAUGAGGCAUUUGAGAUGUUGAGAGUUGUGGAUUAA